CCCCUACCUCGACCUUUAUUAUUCUGGAUAUCACAAAAACCUCAUCCAAUAAUUAUUGUUUAUUAUCAUCUUUAUCCCCAAAAUCUAACUUGCCAUUUUUGUGUGCAUAUUUUGGGGAGCUGAGAAAAGAACAAAAAACUGCCAAUAAUUCACUUCCAGUACCUGGCUUCCCACAGUUGUUUUUUUUGUUGUUAUGUGACCCUGGUAUGGUGGUGGAUAAUGAGUAUCUUACCAGUUCUUUAAAUUUUUUCAUUGGGAAGGCUGAUAUCUUCUUGCAUAAUAUUUCAAACCAUUCAAACUAUUGUAAUGUCACUUAAUAUUUCUUUAGUGGCCAGUAAACUGUCUGUCUUGUAAGUGACAGUAUUUUGUGGCUGAAGCCCAAAAUGUUACCAGGCCUUUUUGAGAGUGGAGAGUUGCAAAUAAGGAAGUUACAUUAUUAUAUUUGUAAACUACCACGUGGGGUUUACCCCAUCUUUUGAGCAGUUUACUAAGAAGCUUUCAUAGUCCUCAACCAGGAAUAGUUUUAAAUGGUGUACUUGGAACUGGUACAAAUGAUCUCUUUUGUUGAACUAGAGAGAACUUAAUGUUAGUCCUCAUAAAAUGCUUUUUGCAGCAAAAAUACUGUUAGACAUGAUUACCUUUUAAUAAUGUGACAAGCUUGUGAUCACAUGUUCAGGUUUUUUUUUACAAGAAUAAUGCCUAUUGCAUUAUUUUGGUGUGUUGUUUUACUCUUUCAGGGGUUUGAAGUUUGCUUUUAGUAUCCCUUGAAACAUCUUUGGGCAAUUUUUAGGGUCAAUAUAUUUCAUUGUCUGUGGAUCAGGCAGGGUUGGCUUAUGAAGGAAGCAUUAAUGAGGAAUUGGGUCACUGAAAACCCCAUAUACAUGUAUUUCUUCUAAGGCUCUUACAAAUUGAAAUCCAAAGAUUGGCUGUUCAUUGCUGGUUAGUUAAAAUAUAACUGUCUAAGAAUAUUUGUCACAGGGAACCCACUGGCAUUUCUGUGUCCUUUCCUGUUGUUGCAUCUGGCAGGAUGAGGCUGAGUUCUUCAUAAGGGAAUCCCCUUCAUAUUUUUAUCAUUACUUUAUACCCUUAAGCUAUACAUAGUCUUGUUUAUAGUAUAAGGGAAAAUAACCACAGCAUUGUUCAGGUUAUAUUCAUAAACGUCUUUAAAUUCAAGCUUUUAUGUCAGCUUUGUGGCACAACUCUAGGAAUUCUAUCCAUAACCUUUUGGUAUAUUUUGCAAAUUUUGUCUUGGGGAUAGUCUUGUUUUUAGUCCAGAUAUUACUUCCCAAGGUUAUCAGGUUUGUAAUUAUCCUGUCAUCCCUACAAAAGUUUGUUAGAGAUUGCUCACUCCUUGGCAUGAUUGAAAGGGUUAAGAUAAUAUAUAUGUGGAAGGUAUUCAUUUAAUGCCUUCUUAGACCUAUGAUUGAAAAAUUAUCAAAUCUACCAAAUUAAGAUAGAUAUUAAAUGACAGGGUCCAGCAGCCCCUGUUUGUUGUACUCCCCUCUCUCCCACUUCAAAUACCCCACCCUCCAAACUUCAGGGUUUCAAUAUAAAUAACUUGGAACUAAUUUUAUGACUGAAGUCUCACUAGUGGAGACAUUUUUUUUGUACUCCUCUCAUCAUAGUCAUCAUUGUCAUCAUCAAUCCUCAUCAUGUGUGUCCGCACAUAAGGCCUCUGUGCCUCCUUAGAAUUCUCAUUUCCUGGCUUUUCCCCUCAAACCUUCCAUAGCCCUCCCAAGGCUUUUUUUUCUGCAUGGCUCCUGCCCCCUCCCUGCCCCUCAACUAUAAAUAACGUUCUUGCUUUGAGAUUUAAUGAGUUACUCUUCUAGAAUAUUUAUUAAACUGUUUAAAUUGUGAUCUGCAGCUUUAUGAAGGGCUUAAUUUUUAUGAGUUGCUUCUAAUUGAACCUGUAGGCAUGCUACAGUUAAAGAAAUUGUCUUUUUCGUGUCAAAUGCACAUGAAGAUUGUGCUUGUGUUUUUGUAUUAAGGUAAAAUGUUAUGUGAAAAUGAUCAUACACAUUCUGUUGUAUUCUAAGAAAAGAUAACAAAAAGGUGACGAAUGGUUAGGAAUAUAUGUGUAUUCAGAAUAAUUUAGAGUGUUAAUAUUCCUUGACAAGUUCUGUUAUGUUUAAAAUUAAGCAGUUCCAAUAUGCUUAGGAAGGAAUAUAUUUGUACUCAGAAUUAGCGUGUUGAUAUUCCUUCACAAGUUCUGUUAUGUUUAAAAUUUUUAUUGAACAUUCCAUUGUACUUAAAGAAUAUUUGUUCUAUAAUUGUAAUAACUGCAAUGAAUUACCAUUGUUGACUCCUUGUUAGUAAAUGGUGAUAUCUUAGGUCUAGGUCACACUAGCGACAAAACAACAUGAAAUAACAACAUAAUCACUUAUGUAGGUAAUGUGAAGAUCAACAUAAAGACAUGAGGGAACAAUCAGUGUUUUCCUUAUGUCACGUUGAUACUGUUAUUUUGCUAUUAUGUCAGGAUAUUCACACUGCAAACAUAAUGACAUAAUGUCCUUCCUAUGUUGUUAUGUUUCUGUCAUUAUGUUGUUAUGUUGCAGGUGUGAACUAGGCCUUAGGCCUACAAAGGGCAAUUUACAUGUAUUUGAAGAUUAAGCAGUAAUGAGAUAUCACAUUCUUGAUUGACAGCCCAGUUGAGUGGUUUAAUUCUACCUGGAUGCCUAGAGUCAUCCUUAUUAUUAAUUGUUAAGUAGCUGUAUCAAAGCUGUCUCCUUGGGCAAAUGCGUUGAUAUCUGCAAUCUCCAUUUGUUAAUACGUGACUGAUCAGUAAUAAAUUAUAGGAGAGGCUGAAUUAUGUGAGACUCCAUUUUAGCUCUGAUCAUUGUCUCAAAAGGUAUUGGCCUAAACUUUAUGUCCUCUAGACCAUACUUUUUUCAUGAGGCUCAUGUUUUAAAUCACUAGCAGAAUCUUGCUAUGAUUCCAUAAUGAAGAAAGGGCCAUUUUCCAUAGAGAUUGCUGCUUUUAAUGUAUUGGUCAGUGGCCACAAUAUAGCUUAUUUCUUGAUAUAUGCCCUUAACAUGAAUAUUUUUAUAGUGCAUGUAAUUACUCAGCCUGCUUUCUGACUGGUCAAUCAGCAUCGUCAGCCCUUCGGCUGUCUAUGACUACGUCAAUGAUUCUUCCAAACGGGGAACUUGUUCUCUGGGCUUAUUGAACCUUUUCUGUGGCGUUCUUAUUGGACUACUCUAAGGUACAUUUUGAAACAUUUUGUAGAUCAAAUCCUAGAGGAGCUAUGGUCUUUUUUUUGUAGAUUUCCUAGACAUGUUAACAGUAGUGAAACGUGAAACGUGUUUGCGCCAAAUGUUUUAGAUUUUUUUGUGGUUUAAUGUUGGUAUUCAGGUGGAAAAUUUGCACAAAUCCCAUUCACCAUAAAAACUGGAUUUCAUGUUUCUCCUCCGGGGUUUGAUCUGCUAAUUCUAAGAAUUUGCCAUUUUAAGAGAUCGUACUUUUUAAAGUAUCAGUAAAUGCGUUUGUACAUUUCGAAAGGCAUUACUCUUACCUUUUCUUGAAUUGAAACCUUUGGUUUAAUGUUGCCUUGAUGUUUUUGAAGAAAACUAUCUGAUUCAUUUGAUCUCGAUGAUUAGCGUAGUUUUAUCAAUAACAAAUAAGUUUAUUUAUGAAUAAUAUAUUUUUGCAAUUAAAAUAUAUAUUUACGUGUUUGUAAGUUUGGACAUGAAUUUUGUAAUAGACAAUGUACUGAAAGUCGUAAGGGCUGAUGGCUCGAGGUAUCUCUGCUCCAGCAUGGACCUGCGAAUGAGAAACCGGAGAAGGAAAAAGGAAGGUUUUGCGUGAAAACAGGAGUGUAUCGUCGAGGGGAAAGUCGAAUUUUCACACGGUCACCCUUUUCUGGUCCACAGAGCCUCCGUCUUUUGGUCACGUGGUCGGCGAAGACGAGUAGCACUGGGGAGGAGAAUGCCUCAUCCCAGAGUAUCUCAUGACGCAUGUGCUUGGUAUGAAGCUAAAUUGUACCAUAUGGCGUAGCCAAAACCCUUUUUUUUAGCAAUCAAUCAAUCAAUCAAUCAAUCCUUCAUUUGUUAGAGCAAUGACAGAAUUUAUUAACGCGAUUUGCGCGAUUCUCCUGGUUUAGUUAUUUACACUGUUUUAACAGUAACUUGUCAAAGAUUUAAAGAUCAAUGUAGCAGAGCGAUGUUUGCUUUGCUUUACUUUGGGCAAAAAAUAAACUUAACUUUCCGAUAGCGAAACAUGCUUAGUAGCAUUGGAAGAGAUCUGGUGACGAUAGCUUCGGAGGAUCAUUUUGCUUCUGUUAAUUUUAAGCUGUUCACGCUGGUGAAAUGAGAACAAGAAAAGGAAAAACUAACUUUUAUUGGGCUUGUCCUUAUCUCACUCUAGUUCAGUCUCGAAUUUCCUCAUGAUUAUGCUUAAACUGUUUUAGGAGUACUCAACUAAAGAUUAUAGCUUAUAUUGUGAUAACCGCAUAAGCGUAAACGAGGUCCGGGUGUGUCAAGACCCAUGCUUGGGUGUGGAGGUUAUGCUGUCGACUGAUGACCUGCUAAAGACCGGAAAACGUAUUCCAUCUCGGAUCGCCGAGUACUGCAAAAACCAGUAACGGUAGCAAUUGUGCAACCAUAUGCAAUUUAGAACAGCAUAAAUGGCCUGUUCAGGGCAGCCAAAAAACGUACCCUGUCCAGUGGUACGUUAUGAUUUCCCCCCACCCCUCGGGGAACGAAAAGGCUAACUUUCCUCAUAAAGUCUUUAUAACACUGUCAGAUCGCUCGAUUAGCAAGAAAGUAAGUAAGAACUUUAUUUAAGUGUCAAUGUAUUUAGCCCAUGUGGGCUAAUUGGGGACACUGUAUUAACUCUGCCUAAAAAAAUUUCAUUAAUAGUAUUAUAAGAUUCUCGUAAAAAAUUAAAAUUGAAAUAUUGGCAAAAGGAAAUAAAAAGAGUAUAUGUUGUCCUGAGAAACGUCUUAAUUAUAAUGUUAUAUUAAUUAAAGUUUAACAUUCUAAAGUUCUAUACAUUAUUAAUGUACAUUCCAAAAAUUCGUCCUUCUUAAUGGUGGGUGAGGCCUCUUAUUUCGGGCGAAAAAAAUUUACUGGCCGCACAGGUUGCAGCAAUUGCCGUUGUUACUUAGAUAACCCGAAAGCAAACUAUAACAAACUAUAACAACAAUAGCAAACUAUAACAACAACAAUUGUAAAUCAGUUUAAGCUUCCCUAUCACAUGAAGUUGACAAAGAUUCCUUGUGAGUUGGAAAGGUGUUUGAAGACGUUUUACAAAACGAUAUGAUGAAAAUGCAUUUAAACGAAACUUAAAGACAAAAGGAAAGCAGACAAUGAAUCGGGUAGUUUCUUUUUCUUUUUAUUCCUGGCUAAGUGAAAUCACGAAGUUUUGCACUUCUUGCAUCCGAAAUUGCUCCAGCAACCUCGGAUGUCUAAAUAGCUGAAAUAGUACAGCAAACUCUUUUACAGUCGAACUUCUAUUAAGCGGCCACUCCCUAUUAAGCGGCCAGUUCUCGAAGUCCCGAAAUCAUUGUCAGUGAAAUACUGCAGACGAAACCCCUAUUAGCCGACCACCUCUAUAAAGCAGCAGAAGCGACAUUUUGGUCGUCCCGAUGAGGGCAAGUUCCCCUAUUGUCCUUACCCCUAUUUAACGGCCACCCAAAAUAAUAAGACACACGUAGUUUAACUUCGUUUUGGAAAAGGAGACGAUAGGUAAGAAGCCUAAAUAGGAAGGGGCGCCUGAUGAAGUUAUUCAAACACAUGUUUAUUAUGAUUGUCUUGACGUUGAUUGCAAGUCACCAGCCUCCACCUAGUUCCAGGUUCCCCGAGGGGACCGUGCUGACGGUGGGCUCUCAACGGGCGGGAUCUGGUACUAAGAUAUCCUGAAUCCAAGAUGGCGACAUGAUGAAGAGAUUCCGGAAAAACGGAGUGGUCGUUUACAGUCUGUUGUAACUAAAGUCGAGAGUCAAUGGCCUUCCAUGCGGCCUCUGUGCCAAGACCAGUUGGAUUACUGCUUAUUGACCUACAACGAGCGUUUGUGGACGGAAUAUGGCGGGCUUAUUUACCAGACGAAGAGGUUGAACCGAUCAAGAGCAGUUUUCAAAAUUGUGCGAAGCUUCUACGCUCUGGAUUAAACAAUGUGCCAACGCUGAUGACUCGUUGCCCAUUUGGAGGCAGCGACUUUGAACUUCACGACAGUGUAGCUUCUGUAGUCGAUAAAAAUCAGCGAUAUGUUAUUAAACCCAACACAUCUGCCAUGGACGCCAAGGGUUUCAGAGAAUGGGUUGAGCAGGAAUUGCUCAAACAGGGAACCAAUACUUUAGUGAUGGGUGGCUGCACAACUACAAGCUGUGUGCGAGUCAGUGCUAUGCGAACUCAGACGGCUUUUGCUAGUAAAGGUCUGCAAGUUAUAGUGGAUCUAAGUUUGUGUGGAGCUAGAAAACGUAAUUACGUUCCAAGGUGCCCCAGUUGUCUACAGUUGUACAUGGAUUUUGGUGAUGUUGAACCGUCACGCAAUCCGCAUUGCGCUUGUGGUGGUGCUGAUGUUGAAAUGAUUUCGCCUGUUGAAAAAGCAGUGCAGUGCAUGCGAGACAAAGGCGUUGAGGUGAUGGAAACUUUUGAUUGGAAACCAUACACUCUACAAUGACAUUGAUCGCAAAAGCUGGUCAAAUCUUGUCUAAAUGAAGUUAUCACUGAAGGAUAUUGCCAGAGGUUUGGAGAGAGCUGGUGUAGCCGUUGUUGUUGGUAAAGAUAGGAAGAUUCCUCCUUGUACACCCUAUCUUAAAUUUCCUGUUUGAAAUACUGUCGUAUACUACUUUGUAUCUUUAAGGCUUAAGGGCCCAUCAACCGAUCUUUUUGAGCCGUUGCUAAGGAAAAUUUAUUCUCAUAUAACCUCAUUAUUUUUAGUUAGUUCAGAGUUAUUUCAUGUGUU